CGACGACGAGGCUCACCCCAUAGACAACUACUUCAGAAAUGAAGCUGUUGUUAAUUGCUGCUUGUGCUGUUCUUGCACUCACAUUUAGAAGAGCACAUGGUUCCUUCCUCCAUCUUAGAAAUCCUUCUGCGUCCGAAGACCACAAAAGUGUUCAUGCCGUGUCUACUGGAAAACAAGGGCGAUUUUUGAAUGGGAGGCAAAUCGGUAUUUUGUUCAAUGGAGGAUCUGGAGGCGCCGCAGAUAAUACAGCAACUUUACGUGGAAGCCAUAGAGGAUAUACUAGAAAAUUUAUAAAUCAAGGAUUUCAUACUUUUUCGAUUUCUCUUCUGGAUUUCUCCAAUGGAGGUAGUGGGGCUUUCCAUAACCCUGGUGUACAUAACACUGUCGAUCCAAUUAAGAAUGGACUCCCUGGAAGUCCUGUUCACUCAUUCAGUGGGAAUGAUGGAUCCUACGGCAGUUCUUUUGGUACAAGAAAUGGCUUGUCAGCUGGCUCUGUGGACUCAUGGAAUGGACUAGCCGGUUCCCUAACAAACAUUCGUGGCUCUACAACUACCGCUGACAGCUCUCUCAAUGCCUAUGGUGUAAGUGGUAUUAAUUCGUUAAAGAAUAAAUUCAAGGGAGAAUCUACUAGCUCCACUGGAGGAAAGGAUGCUUCCAUCGACAGCUCUGUCAGCUUAAACAGCCCAUCAGGGGGGUUCCUAAACGUAAACGGACAGGCAGGCUCCUUAGGUGACUAUCCUGGUCGUGCAGUUGUGUCAUUAGUUAAUCCUGGUGAAAAAGGUACUAAUAACCCGAUUUAUAAUGAAUUCCGCAGUGAUUCUGCUAGCUCCUUCAGUGAAAAUUUGGCUUCCUUCGAUAGUUCUCUUGGUGUAAAAAAUGAUGAAUCUGGUGUCUUUCUCGACUCAUCAAACGGUCGUUUAGCUUCAACGGGUGUAAUUCAUGGCUCUCGUCGCGCAUUUGAAAGCUCUUUCGCUGAUCCUAAUAAUGAUAAUUUCUUUACUCUUGCUGAAAGCAACACUGCUAAUACUAUUAAGAAUGCAUUCGCCAGUAGUUCUGAUAACUACGAUCUAAAGAAUGGUUCUUCCGCCAGAUCUUUUGGAAUACGUGAUGGUGGGAUUAGAAGUUUCACUGAAUCUUCUAUCGGUCUUGCUGGCUCCUCAGGUAGUUCUAAUGGUUCCUUCCUUAGUGGAUCGUUUGCUAAUUCUGGAGCAAGUGGUUACGGUAACAAAAAUAUUUUUGAAUUCGCAGGUGGUUCUCUUAACUCCGGCAGAAAAGAUGUUUCUUUCGACAGUUAUUCUGGUCAAAAUGUUCAGGGACCGGGUGCACUCUUUGACUCUUCGGACGGUUUACUGGCUCCUUCAGUGAUAGUAAUGGUGCCUCUUCUAGUGGGUCGUUUCCUAAUGCUGAAGUAAGGGGCUCUGUUAAAAUGAUUACAAGUGAAUUCGCUAGUGGUUCUGUUAGCGACUCCGGCAGAAAGGAUGUUUCUUUAUUCAGACAUUUCAGUACAAAUAGUGGUGAUUCAGGCAAAUUUUUAAACUCAAACGGUCUUGUUGGUUCCUUGAAUGCCGUUAGUGGCGCUGCUGAACCUUCCUCUAAUCCUGGCUUAAGUAUUAUAACUAACCCGAUUAAGGGUGUACUAGCCAGUGGUCCUGUUAACCCCAUCGGAGGAAAGAAUGCUCUGGACAGCCUCUUUAGUUCGGUUGGUAACAGAGUAGGAGGCUUUGUUGAUUCUUCCGAUAGAAUUGUUGACUUUACCACUAGAGGUAUGUUAAACAGCACUCUCAGUGCCUCUGGUAGCGAGUCUGAUGCUGCCCUAGCUGCAGGUGCUACAGUUAAUCCGGUUAACAAUGAGUUCAGCGUUGGUUCUGGUACCUCUUUUGGUGGGAAGGGUGCUUCCAUCGACAGCGGUUUCAGCAUCUAUAAUAGUCCACGUGGAUUCGUGGACGCAAACGUACUGGCAGGUUCCCUGGAUGGUCCUAGUAGCCUUGCACAUGGGCCUUCAGCUACUCCUGUUGUAAGUGACACUGCUAAUCUGAUUAAGAAUAGCUCCUCCAGUGGUUCGCUUGGAUCAUACGAUAGCAGUUAUGAUUUCUUCGGCAGCUAUCUCGGAGUUAAAAAUGAUGCAACCGGUGAUAUUUUCGAUUCGUCGAACAAUCGUUUUGGUUCCACGGGAAACAGUAGCUCUGUAAAUACAUUUGGCAGCUUUUUCGGUGCUCCGGGUAGUGGAACCUUCUUUAAUCCAGGUGGCAGUGGCACAGUUAAUUCUAAUAAGGAUGGAUUCGCCAGUAGUUCUGUUAACUCCGGUCGAAAGGAUGCUUCUUUCGACCGCUCUCUUGGUGUAAACGGUGGUGGGCCAGGUGGAUUCAGCGACUUCUCGGGUGAUUUUUCUGGCUCUUUCGGUCGUUUUAAUCGUACCUCUUCUAGUGGGUCGUUUUCUAAUAGUGAUGCUCAUGGCUCUAUUAAUACGUUUAAAAGUUUUCUAGCAAGUGAUUCCAUUAGUUCGUUCAGUACGAAGAAUGCUUCUUUUGACAGCUACUCUAGUGUAAACAGUGAUGGCUCAAGCAAUCUUAGAAACUCGAAUGGCCUUGUUGGAUCCAUGGAUGCACUCAGUGGUCCUGCAGGUGGUCCCUUCGCUAAUGCUGGUAUAAGUAACACUGUUAAUAUGAUUAAGAAUGGAUUAGCCAAUAUUCCUAUUAACUCCUUUGAUCAAAAACAUGAUUAUUUGGAUAGCUCCAUUAGUGUAAAUGGUGGUGGAAUAGGAGACUUUGUUAAUUUGUCUGAUCGUGUUGGCUCCUUCGGGUCUAAAAGCGAGUCUGACUAUUCUUUUGCUGCCUCUGUUAAUCCUGGUGUAAAUGGUGGUAUUAACCCUGUUCGGAAUGAAUUCGACAAUGGCUCUGUCAGUUCAUUCGAAGCAAAGAAUCCUUACCUUGAGAACCCUUUAGGGUUAAAAAGUGGUUCGUCAAGUGGGUUCAUAAACUCAGAUGGUCUUGCUGGGUCCUUGGAUAGCUUUCCUGAUACGGUAGGUUACUUUGCGAACUCUCUCGUUGUCCCGGGUAGUGGUUCUUUUCCUAAUCAAAGUGAAAGCGAAACAACUAAUCCUGUAACUAAGGGAUUAGCCAUUAGCUCUUCUAGCUCAGCCGGUAAGGAUGUUUCCUUUGCCAGCCCUUUUGGGAUUAAAAAUACUUUAUCAGAUGACUUCGCUGACUCGAACUAUUUUGCUGGCUCCUUGAAUGGAUUUUCUGGCUCUGAAGGUAACUUUGGCAGCGCUUUCGAUGCCUCAGCUAGUGGGUCAUUUGCUGAUCCUGGAGUAAGAGGUACUGAUAACGAUUUAAAGAAUGAAUUCUCCAGUGGUGUUGUUAACGCCUAUGGUGGCAAGGGUACAUCUGAAGGUUUAUAUAGUGUAACUGGUGGUGGCUCAAGUGAACUCGUGACUCUUCUGGCAGCCUUGUUGGCAACUUUGGCACUGUAGACAAGUUUCGCAGCCCUGUUGCUGGUGAAAGUAGAGGACCAGUUACUAAUCCUAGUGUAAAUGAUCUAGUCAGUCCAGUUAAGAACGCAUUUGACAGUGAUAAGUUAACUCCUUAGGUAGGAAUAAGGGUUUCUUCGACAGCUCUUUUGGCUUAAAAAAUAAUCCAUCAGGUGACUUCCCCAAUUCUUUCUUUAGAUCAAUGAAUGUCGUUCGUGAUCCUACAGAUUCCUUAGCAGCUCUCUUGACUCCCCUGAUAGUGGAUUCUUUACUAACCAUGGUGUAAACGGUAAUGCUAAUGAUUUCAAUAAAAGUUUCUUCAGAAAUUCUAACUCUCUAGGCGGAAAGGGUGCUACUUUCGACAGCUCCCUGGGCGUCAAUGGUGGUGGUGGGGUGGGAGGAACAGUGGACUUCUCGGGCGGUCAUGAUUCCUUUGGUGGUUUACAUAGUUCCGUUUCGAGUGGAUCAUUUCCUAAUCAUGGUGUAAGAGGCACGGUUAGGUCUGUAAGAAACGGAUUCCCCAAAAGUUCCAUUAACUCCUAUCGUGUUAAAGAUUCAUCCUUCGACAGCUCUACAGGCUUAAAUAGUGGUCAGUCAGGAGAGAUCAUGAACUCAAAAGGUCAAGCUGGAUCCUUGUACGGACUUCGUGCACCUGCACGUGGAAUAGUCUCUAAUCCUGGUGUAAAUGGAGGUAUUAAUUCGAUUAAGAAUAGAUUCACCAGAGGCCCUUUUAGCUUCAUCCAAAAAGGGGCUUUCUUCGAUAAUUCCGUAGGGAAUAAAUGGGGUAGAUCACGUCUCUCUCUCGAUUCCAUAAGUAGCUCCAUCGGUAGCAGUAGUGCUCUCUUCAUAGCACUGGUAACUCCUUCGGGUGUCUUCUUUGCUCCAUUUCGAGUUUUGUCAUACCCCUUUUUGUUGUAGAGUAUUUCGGUGAGAAUAAAGGAUU